CCAUAUGCACGUGAGAUAUUUUUUAACGAAAAGCAAUAAGCAAGGCCACCCGAACCAGUGAACCCUAAACGCCGUCGACGCCGUGGCUGGAAGAAUAUGGCUUCAUUUGUUUCUACCCACUGUAUCCUUCCUAGCGGGGUUGGAUUUGUGCAUGACCAAGAUCGUUCUUGUGGUAGAACUAACACUUUGCAUCUUCAAAAUGCUCCUAAAAGCCCUAGCUCUCUCUCCUUUUUGCUCUCCGUGCGAGCUUCAGAAAGUAGAUCAGAUGCCGUUGUUGUUCAGAGCAAGGGUCGAUCGUCUUUUUCUCAAACAGCUGCUGUGAGGCAUCUUACAGGUUCUGUUACCAGAGCCCAUGGACUUCGUUUUGCUGUGGUUGUUGCUAGAUUUAAUGAAAUUGUUACCAAACCGCUCUUGGAAGGUGCUUUGGGUACUUUCAAUAAUUAUUCAGUUCAAGAUGAGGAUAUCGAUGUUGUGUGGGUACCUGGUAGUUUUGAAAUUGGUGUUGUUGCAGAAAGGCUAGGAAAAUCAGGCAAAUAUGAUGCAAUCGUAUGCAUAGGAGCUGUGGUACGAGGAGAUACAACCCACUAUGAUGCAGUUGCUAAUUCAGCAGCAUCAGGAGUUCUUUCAGCCAGUCUAAACUCAGGUGUUCCAUGCAUAUUUGGUGUCCUAACAUGUGAUGAUAUGGAUCAGGCUCUAAAUAGAGCUGGUGGAAAGUCUGGGAAUAAGGGUGCUGAGGCUGCAUUGACUGCUAUUGAGAUGGCAUCUUUGUUCGAGCACCAUCUGAAGUAGUCAGUGUUUUAACCAAUCUCAUAGAGCUUUUGUUGGAACGGCAUGAAUUCCCAAUUUUCAUCUCCAGACUGCUUUUGGUUGUAGUUCGAAAUAUAUUCUUGUAUGUUCUCAAACUAUUAAGGCUAUGUUUGGAUAUUUAAUGGUGAGUGGAAUAGAAUGGAGUGGAUGGUGGCAGAAUUGAAUGGAAUAAAUUAAAAUUAAAAAGUUUCGUUCUAUUUAGAUAUUUUAUGAUGGUACAGAAUAAAUUUCCAUUCUAUUACUUCAUUGUAUAAUGAUAAUUUUAUUAUUCUUA